CGGCGCGUUCACGUACCAGGUUUGGGGAUGUCGGUGCCGUCUCCGCGCUCCUGGUGGCGGAGGUUAAAGUAUUUUGUCUUCUAAAAGGAAUCCAACUAAAAGCACAAAAUGUUUGGAUGAGCACCCAUCCGUAAUCGUGCUCGGACAAUCAUCCUACCCUGAUUGGACUCUAUUUUCCUCUCGACGAGUUGCUGCCUGCAGCCGCUGAGGGAGCCGGAGUCGCCAUGGAGACAGUGGUGAUCGUGGCCAUUGGGGUGUUGGCCACCAUUUUCCUGGCCUCCUUCAUUGCCCUGGUGGUGGUGUGCAGACACCGCUACUGCCACCCGCACGACCUGCUUCACCACUUUGACUCAAAGCCUACGGUUGAUCUGAUUGGAGCCAUGGAGACUCAGAGCGAGCAGUCGGAGCUGGAGCUGGACGAUGUGGUUAUCACCAACCCUCACAUCGAGGCCAUCUUGGAGAACGAGGACUGGAUAGAAGAUGCCUCUGGUUUGGUCUCUCACUGCAUCUCCAUCUUAAAGAUCUGCCACACUUUGACCGAAAAGUUGGUUGCCAUGACAAUGGGUUCGGGGGCAAAGGUCAAAGCACCAGCCAGCCUGAGCGACAUUAUCACCGUAGCCAAACGCAUCAGCCCGAGGGUGGACGACGUGGUCAGAUCCAUGUACCCCCCUCUGGAUCCAAUUCUCCUCGAUGCCAGGGCCACUGCUCUCCUCCUUUCAGUCAGCCACCUGGUGCUGGUCACCCGCAACGCCUGUCACAUGUCCGGCAGUAUGGACUGGAUCGACCAGUCGCUCCACGCGGCCGAAGAUCAUAUGGUGGUUUUGCGUGAGGCGGCAUUGGCCUCCGAACCGGACCGGAUCAUGCCUGGAGCUGACGUACAGAGAGAGCAGGCCAUUUAGAGCAAACUCAGACUCGGACUCAAACAAACUGCAGCAGCAGGGUGUGAAAAUGGGUCUGUUUUAUGCUUGAGCUGCUUCUUUUCAAAGUUCUGUAUUCAAUUGAUACUUAGGCACAGGUUCUGCUUGUCCAACUCAUCAUCCAGUCACUUCUGAGCAGUAAAUGGAUAGGGACUGUAUUUCUCAUUUUCACAUUUCACGUCAAGAAAAGGCCUUGUAAUUUAAUCUUGUCUGAUUACAUAAUCUGUGCAUUCAAUAGCUGGGUAGUAAUAACUCUGAAGUAGAUGUCACACAUCAGACACAGGUGGUUUUAACAGCACAGGCUUUUUAGGGUUGCUCUGUUUAAGUUGUAAGCUGCCUGCGAGUGAAAAAAGAUCUUUGGAAAUGUCUUCUUUGAGUGCACCAUCACCCAGCGGUGGGCCUAAAUCCAAUCUCACCAGCACUGCACAGUCACAUGGAGGCUUAGUCAGCUAAUCCAUUCUGAGGAAAAUAACACCCAGUUAGCCAGCAAGUCCAAAGAGGCUCCAACUCAGUGGACCAAUGGGAGAAUAACCUGACUUAUUUACAAUUUGUGGGGGUCAGCGUGACUUGGGGUUGUUUAAAAGCCUCCCUCAGUAACUCUUACACUGUUUGAAAUCACCGGUCUGUGAGUUUUUAGUGCAGCUCUAGAGAACAACAGCUGUAGUUUCAGCAUAUCAGCAGUAAAGUUAAC